AUCAACAUCACCACCACCACCGACCUUGCUACCCUCGCACGACACCCUCCCAAACCGUCCACCAUGUUCCGAACAGCACUCCUCAGGUCCGCCCGGUCCGCCGUCCGCGCUGCCCCGCGAUGCCAGGCCGCAAUGGCUCGCCCCGUUGCGCGAAGCUCUUUCGUCCAGCCAAAGCAAAUGAACCCCUCCGUAUACUUCCAGGCCGUACGAUGCUACGCCGCGAGCGCCGGUCUGUCAAAAGAUGAGGUCACCGGCAGGAUAAUGGACCUCCUGAAGAACUUCGACAAGGUCACCGAUGCCUCCAAGCUGAACGCCGAAUCGCACUUCCACAACGACCUCGGUCUCGACAGUCUGGAUACCGUAGAGGUGGUCAUGGCAAUUGAGGAGGAAUUCAGCAUUGAGAUCCCCGACAAGGAGGCCGAUGCCAUCCACAGCGUCAAGCAAGCAGUGGACUACAUCAUGGCUCAGCCCGAUGCUCACUAAAUGACAUUGGAGAGCCGCGCUGGGUUGAAGAUGAUGGAUGUGGAAUUGGUAGUCGGUCCUACCGGCAUCGCUAUAUAUAUGCCUCCGUGUAAAACAGUCGCCUGGGUCGGCACCGUGUACUUCUGAUAGAAUUGACGCUAUCCACCUCCCAGUGCUUUGGCUAUUGUGUUGUUGG